AGUUUUUCAUAAGAUUUUCUUGAGCAAUCAACAAGUCUUGUUUCGUGGUGUAAAUUGUAUUUUUUUGCGUUUUGGAUUUGGGUCAAUUGGAUAAGAAAAUUGGAAGCAGUGACCUUUUUAUUUAUUUUCCCUAAAAUUACUUACUACAAGUAUGGAAUGUGUGCAAUCGUUCAAAGCUGGUUGGAAAAUCAAUCAAAACGACGAAGCUUGUUACAUUGAGAUUGAUGAAGAUGACGACGAAGGCUGUGUUGUUGAUGAAAAUGAAAUGAUGUCCAAAUGGAGUGACCUUCCAGAUUUGCUACUUGAAGAAAUCUUCUCCUACUUGAGUAUAAGUGAACGUUAUUACGCCAGCUUGGCAUGUAAAAAUUGGUAUCGUGCCUUCUAUUUGAAAAGAGUUUGGUCGAACUUCCUGAUUGAAGAUGAAACACUUUGUCGGAGAAAAUUUAAUUAUUACAGUGGCUGGAAUCAUGUUUUAGAUCAUAUAAGAACGCAAACAUGUUUAUCAAGAGUUGGGCAGUAUUUUAAGCAACUUGAAUUUGUUCCAACGCACAAUUUUAAUAACAUGUAUCAGUUCAUGACGCUUCUUACUUUCAACAUUCAACAAAGCAGAAGAACAAAUUGCGAUUUAGAAUAUAGCGGAGUUGGUAAACACAUCACAUCAUUGAAAUAUAUUUUUCCCUGUAACAUGGCAAUGAGAUCAACAGAUGACGUUAAGCUUUUUGGGACCGGAGGGCAACUUUUGAAGACUCUCAAAGGAUUGCUUUAUGAACUGAAUAAAUUGAAAACCUUGAAACUUGUUGAUUUAAUGCUUGAACGAUACGAAGCCAAACAUUUAUUGGAUGAGGUGUUGGAAUCUUGUAAUAUGGUUUUAAAGGAAUUGGUGUUGAUUAAUGUUACAAACACUCAUUGCCCAAUCAUGCAUGUUGGUCUCUUCUUCAAUCUCCAAAUUCUUACAAUUUCCCCUCAAAACUUGGACGAUGAUGUCCUUCAAUUACUCGCAUCGACAGCUUUAAAACAUUUACACAUUUUCCAAAACAAUUAUUGCCCAACGACGCCAGCUGCUUGUUCUCCGAAAGCAUGGAAGCAACUUAGAACAGAGAAUCCUAAAAUCAAAGUUCAUUUGCGGGUUGAAUCAACAACGAAUGCUGAUUUAACUUUUCAACCGAACGCUCCUGUUUACUCUGUAACCUACCGCACUCCAAGGAAUCAAAUUACAUCGGAAAAAAUCAUUAGAAUCGUUGAUUUAUACAAAUAUACCCUCACCACUUAUGGCCACGAGCUUCUGCCAAAAUAUUCUUGUCCCAAGUCAUUUCAUAAUCGAAUUGACAGCUUAUUGGUUCUAAUGGCACGUCAAUGUCCUGAUCUAACAAGCUUAACAAUCAGAGAAAAAGUGUCAACAUCGACUUUACUGUUGCUAGCCAAAACCGCAAUAAAUUUAAGAUUCUUUCAUGUUCGAUUGCACGGAGUCAUCCAGAAAUGUGAUUGGCCGAAGAAUCCUGACUGGUCUGAAGAAUUCUAUGAAUGGCUUCGAAUAUCGUCACGUACAUAUGAGUCGACUGAAAGGGAAAUUUCUCAAAUUCUUGGAUACAAAUGGACAAUGCUAUGUGAUAAAAGCUUUAAAAAAGUAAAAAUUCAUUUGUCAGGUUUCACAAUUUGAAGUUUUGUGAAAUUUAACAAAAAAUAAAUUUAAUAAAAAGAAUUUUCUUUUCUCAAAUUAAUUUCUUCUUUCUUUUCAAAGAAUUAAAUUUAUUUGCUUUGAUGUAUUUAUAGCAAGAAGAAAUUCAAGAAAAUUAAUUGAAAGACAAUAAAUAAGAAAGCUUUAAACUUUGAUUGAUUCUCGUUCAAGUGACAUCAGUGAAGAGCUUAAAAAGCUUUCAAAAGACUCAUAAAUCAUGAAAUUUAAUUGUAAAAAUAAAUUGCGUAGAAAACGUUGUAGAACGGAAAGUUCAAUGAUUCUGAAAAUAAAUUUAUACAGACAAUCAAAAACACAAGUUUUCAGCUCGUUUGAAAUGUUUCUUUACUAAUUGAAAUAUUUUUCAUCCUUUCUCAUCAUCAAAUGGCUACAAGUUACAUUCCUGGUGUGUGUUUAUUGUCAUAUUUUUUUUUAAUUUUUAUAUUUUCUUUAAAUAUCGUUUCUGAGAAUUCUACUUUAUUUAACAAUUAAUUAAGUUUCUAUGUUUUCUUUCUCUGCGAAAAUAUGUAGCUGCCGUCUGAGGAAAACCUUUGUUCUGUUAUUGAUUAUUAUUGUUUUUUGUCUUUGGAUUCGUUAAAUCUUUUAAUCGUUCUGAGAAUAUCUUUGAGAAUAUCUCUUAAACUUCAAAAAUUCUUGUUUUCUUUGCUACAAAUCCUUUUUUUUUCUUUUCUCUAAAAUAGUGUCCACAUUAAUUACAUAAUUUUAAAGUUGAGAAACUUUUUACCUUUGUAUAUAUAUAUAUUUAUAUAUAUAUGUUU